CCAUAGACCUGUUAAUGGAGUAUUUAUUAUUUUAGAUAGACCGCUAUGUCAGUAUGCUAAUAAAUGUUUAAGGAGCAGAACAAAAUAACCGAACUUAGAAUAACGCGUGUACUUUAGCUUUAAACGCCGUGAACGUUAAAUGUCAGACCAGUCGCGGACACCGUCCAGGUAUUAAUGUUGUAAAUAAUCAGGGUGGACCUUAGUCCUUGAAUGGCGUUGGGAGAGAAACUUGGCAGGAUUUUAAAGUGACAGCUUCAACUUCGUCCUCACACGCAAGAAGUCCGGACCAGGAGGGAAAGAAUGUUGCAGCUGGGGGAUGAGGUCACCCUCUACUCUGUUGUCUUCGUGGUGGUCCUGCUGGGGACCCGGAGCCCGUUGUGGACAUCCGUCCUCACCGCCUCCCUCUACGUCUUUCUGACCAUGUUCCGGUUCCCCCAGGUGCCUGCCAGCCGAGCGCGGCAGGUGCUGCACCCGGCCAAGGGCACGGUGGGCUCCGGCGAGGUGUCACUGGUGGCCCACCGGGGCGGCGGGCACGACGCACCGGAGAACACGAUAGCAGCCAUCCGGGAGGCCAGUAAGAACGGGGCGACUGGCGUGGAGCUGGACCUGGAGUUCUCAGCAGAUGGCGUCCCCAUACUGAUGCACGACGAGACCGUGGACCGGACUACGAGUGGAUCAGGGAAACUCAGCCAAUUGAGAUUUUCAGAGUUGGCUAAACUGGACGCAGCUGCUAAACAUCAACUCAGGGACAAGUUUGCUGGAGAGAAGAUCCCAACUCUGCAGGAAGCGGUGGAGGAAUGCAUCAGACUGCAGCUCACCAUCUACUUUGAUGUCAAAGGUCACCCUGAUGAGGCGGCCGCAGCUCUCAAAGAGUUGUACAAGAAACAUCCAGUCCUCUACAACAGCAGCAUCGUCUGCUCCUUUGAGCCUAAAGUCAUCUACAGGAUGAGGCAGAGUGACCCAGAGGUGGUCACAGCGUUGACCCACAGGCCCUGGAGCCUGAGUCGCUUAGGAGACGGCACCCCACGUUUCUCAUCGCCAUGGAAACACUGCUGGAUGACACUGAUGGACCUCCUGCUGGACUGGGCGCACCAUCACGUGCUGUGGAAGCUGUGCGGCAUCUCGGGCUUCCUGAUACAGAAGAACUUUGUGUCACUGGAAUACGUGCAGUACUGGGCCCAGAGGGGGGUGGAGGUCGUGGCCUGGACCGUCAACACAAACGUGGAGAAAGAGUAUUACCAGGAGCUGCUACAAGUCGGCUACAUCACAGACAGCCUGGUGGAAGACUGUGAGCCUCAUUACUGAGAAGCACACGCACACAGUUCACACACACGCACACAGUUCACACACACACACACACACGCGCGUCCCUCGUUACAAAGGAUUUUUCACUCACUUCUCGUCACUCAUUUAUGGCAUCAGGCGAGAAAACAAAUGCAACACCCUUUAUAUCCAAGCACAGAUUCAUUACAAUAAAGGCCCAGACACACCAGUACGACUUUUAGAGAACUACCAGCAAUGAAGGCUGACGGAGACGUCACCUCACAUCGCCUGUGUCUGGACCAAAAUGUUGAACUGGAGGAGAAAGCAUUUUUCUGGGAAACCAGAAGGGCUCCGGGAAAAGCGACAUGCUACCAUGCUGAUCAGCUGGUCUACAUUUUAGCUGGUUUGCUAGUCAGCCAGUCGCAGUCAUCUAUCUCACCACUCGUGCCACCUCUGAUUCAGUGUAAUAAAUCGCCUGAAAAGCUGCCGACAGGGGUCCAACAGUGAGGGCCGCUGACUCACGGCUCGGUGUGUCGUGACUUUAUGCUUGUGUCAGUCUGGGUGCCAUCCCUCCAUCCAUCCAUCCAUCCAUCCAUCCAUCCAUCCAUCCAUCCAUCCAUCCAUCCAUCCAUACAUACAUACAUACUUACAUACUUACAAGAGGCCAAGUAACAGGUUUUAUUCUCACUAAAUCACUUCAAUACUCUUGAUUGAUUAAAUGGGUUUAUAGACAUUUUGAUACAAUGUGUUGGUUACAUGCGUCUAUAAUAAACAUGUAUCAAAUGUACUGUAUUCACCAACUCAGGACUGAAAUGAAUGUGUUUUAUGUUUGUCUUGUUAAUUGUGUUAUCUGUCACUCAAGGCCUGUCAUGUCUGCCUGGAAGAUGAUUUAUCAAUGGAUGCUAAUUUAGAGAUGAUGGAAAUACAUGUACUGUACAAUUAAGAAAUGCGCAUAUGUAAUUAAAAAUUUGACAUAAUUAAAGAAAUGAUCGAUCGCACAUAAAUUUACUCAGGCAGACUGUUUGUUGGUGAUGUAGCCGACUGCACCUGUAGACCAGAUACCAGGUGAUCAAACUGUCAGAUUCUAUUGGGAGACGUAGUUGUUACUGUUAUUGUCUCACUCAUCUUGUUGAAGAUGAAGUCGCGUUACUGUAUAAUUUAAUAAUCUAGUACAGUAUGUGGCUUUUAGUGUGAGACAAGAACUGGUGGAAUGAGUAGAUUCACAUGCACACUAUUAUUCUCUUAUUAUUCAGAAUAUGAUUCCAUCAUAUAUGCAGUGGAUAUCAGCAGUUUUUAACACGUGUGGAAAAAAUCCCAUUGCCGUCCCUUUUCCAAAAGGAACGAAGCUCUGAAUGUUGGGUUCACGCUGUCGAACAUUUUUAUUUAUGUGUUUAGCUUUAUUAAUCAAAGUACAGACGCAGCAGCCAAACAGAAAAGCUGGGGGACUAUUCAUUUUCAGUAGCGUAAACAACCCUCCCUUUUCAGAAUGAAGGCGUAUGCUUUGUGUGUGAGAAUCUAUCUGCGUCUGUGGUGUAUAAUUAAGCUGUGCCAACAUGACUGUGUUCUAACUGGUGCAUCUGGGAGGAACACAGCUCCAAUGACACCUUCACGCAAUUAUUAGACACAUUUCUGGACUGAGGAGUGUCUGAAAGCUGGGUACUUUUUGAUUUGCUGCUCUUUGAGACAUUUAUCAGCUUCAUAUGCGUCUUAAAAUCAAUUAAAUAAAUCACAAAUACAAAACUGCA